CUCCCUCAGGUUGCAGGAGCUGACAGUCUGCUCAGAAGACACUGUGGAUGUGCACGAUAUAGAGCUCAUGCAGUACAUCAAUGUGGACUGCUCCAAACUUAAAAGACUGCUCCAAGAAACGGUAUUAAAAUUCAAAGCCCUGAAGAAACCUGCCCAACUUGCCGUCAUUAACAGUUUGGAAAAGGCCUUUUGGAACUGGGAAGAGAACUACCCUGAUGAGUUUACCAUGCUCUUACCAGAGACCACAGACAGACAUGGCAGAUGCUGUUUGACCUGGUGGACAGCUUUGCUGAGAGUGCCAAGAGGAAGGCAGUGGUGUGGCCUCUACAGAUCAUCCUACUCAUCCUCUGUCCGAGAUCACACACAUCAUCUCUCGAGAGUUGGUGGAGGAGAGCAAGGCCAACAAGAAGCUGUUCCUGGAGAGCUUGAGGAAGGCUCUAGCAGGCCAGGGGGGCAGCAAGCAACUAACAGAGAGUGCAGCCAUCGCCUGUGUCAAACUGUGCAAGGCCUCCACCUACAUCAACCGGGAGGACCACUCGGGCAUCUUCCUCCUGGUGCAGUCCAUCGUGGUGGACCUCGAGGCCCUGCUCUUCAACCCCACCAAGCCCUUCUCUCGCGGGAAGGCAGCCAGAACGCAGACGUGGACCUCAUGAUCGACUGCUUCGUCUCCUGUUUCCGUAUCAACCCUCACAACAAUCAGCACUUUAAGGUCUGUUUGGCCUCCGCCUCGCCCUCUACCUUUCACUUUGUCCUGGUCAACUCCCUGCACAGAAUCAUCACCAAUUCUGAUCUGGACUGGUGGCCUAAGAUUGAUGCAGUGUACUGCUACUCUGGAGAGCUGCGACUAAUGUUCUCAGACACUCUGAGCCGAGUGAUGCAAGGCCUUCAAACACAUGCCCCACUACGCAUGAGAAAGACUCUGUCAUUUAAAGAGAAAAUGACCACCAGCCUUAAGUUCAAAGAGAAAACCACAGACCUGGAUACACGCAGCUACAAGUGCCUCCUCCUCGCAUUGGUCAAACUCAUCCACGCUGACCCCAAACUCAUGCUGCACAACCCAGGGAAGCAGGCUCAGGAGACCCAGAGCAGCACAGCAGAGCUGAUCGCAGGCCUGGUGCAGCUGGUGCCCUUGGUCAGUACAGCCCAGCUUUCCCAGGAGGCCAUGGAGGCUCUGCUGGUGCUGCACCUGCCUGAGACCAUUGAGCUGUGGAACCCUCAGGCCCCCAUUGAAACCUUCUGGGACAUCAGCUCCCUGGUUCUCUUCCUGAUCUGCAAGAAACUGAUUGGUCACCAGAUGGUGAACAGUACAGAGGUGUUGAAGUGGCUGAGGGAGAUCCUUAUCUGCAGGAACAAGUUCCUCCUAAAGAACAAGGAGUGUGCCACGCAGGGCAGUGGAGCCCCAUCUGCAGACAGGCCCAGACCAAACUGGAGGUGUGUCUAUACAUGUUUCUGUGGAGCCCUGACACCGAGGCCGUGCUGGUGGCCAUGUCCUGCUUCAGACACCUGUGUGAGGAGGCUGACAUCCGCUGUUCCGCUGACGAGGACGUUUCACCCUGCAGAAGAGAGUGAUGGCCUUGUUGAGAAGGAUAGAGCACCCCACUGCAGGAAACACUGAGGCAUGGGAGGACACGCAUGCAAAAUGGGAGCAGGACACCAAACAGAUUCUGAACUUUCCCAAAAACAAGGUGGAGGAUGGUCAGGAGUGGAUCAACAUGACAGGCUUCCUGUGUGCUCUGGGUGGGGUGUGUCUGUCUCAG